GCGUGGACGAGCACAGGUGCAGCCGUUCGCCAAAGGCAUCCGCGCCCCGACCCCACACAACAUGAAGACCCUUCUGCUUCUCGUCUUCCUCGGACUCGCCUCGGCCACCGGCGAUGUCAGUAUCGUGGGCGGUUACGAGUGCCGUAAACACGCCGUUCCCUGGAUCGUGCCGCUCAACGUCGGUUACCAUCUGUGCGGCCGUUCCCUGAUCACCCCGCGCUGGGUUGUGUCCGCAACUCAUUGUUACCGCUCGGGGAGGGACAUACAUGUUCGUCUGGGCGAACAUGAUAUCACGGCUACGGAGGGGUCGGAACAGUUCAUCAACUCGGAGAUGGUGACCGGACAUCCCAAAUACGAUUACUACACCCAGGACAACGACAUCAUGUUGAUCAAACUGUCCCGGCCCGCUGCCAUGGACAGCAAUGUGGUCGCCCUUCCCCUGCCCGUCCAUUGCGCCCAGACCGGCGACAUGUGUCUCAUCUCCGGCUGGGGUAACACCUUGGACACGGCGGCAAGCGGCCACCAGCUUCAGUGUUUGGACGCCCCGGUUCUGAGUGACGCGGACUGUUACUACCCGGGAAUGAUCACUGACAACAUGACAACAGGACCAGAGGGUGGUGAUUCUGGCGGGCCGGUGGUGUGUGACGGAGUGCUCCAGGGAGUGGUGUCGUGGGGUUACGGCUGUGCUGACAGGGACCAUCCCGGCGUGUACACUCGCGUCUGCCACUACGUCUCCUGGAUCAACAACACCAUCGCGGCAAACUGAGCCCGUGACCCCCGGCGACCUCACCUGGUCUCCGCCUCUCACUCUCUGUACAACUG